AUGUCAAAUCUAUAUAAUAAAUCACAACAUUCAACAACUGCAGCUUAUCCACGUUAUAACCCAGCAUCCACCAUUUCUCCUUAUGAUGUCCUCGAAGUGGUUUACAACAAAUAUGUGUCUACAGCUACUGGGGUAGCUUCAAAACCUACUGUCAAUUUGAUAUUUGUCCAUGGUAAUGGAAUGAACAAAUCUAUCUGGAAUUAUCAUGCAAACUAUCUUUUUAACUACCAAAAAGACCAUGAAUCUCCAUUCCAUAUAAGCACAAUUGUCACGUUUGACUCGGUGAACCAUGGAGAUUCUGCAGUCAUCAAUAAAGGCAAAUUAGGAAUUACUUUUGACUGGAAGGAUAAUGGUAAAGAUAUUCUAGAAAUUAUAAGAGCCGAGAGAUUACAUCUAAAUAAUGAUAAAUUGAUUUUAGUGGGUCAUAGUUUUGGUGCUUUCCUGGCAUUGUAUGCGAAUCUUUUGAACCCUGGAAUUUUUGAUUCAGUUGUUGUUAUUGAUCCAAUAGUUUAUCCCAUCACUACUAAGAAUAAUAAUAGACUGAAUUCCAAUCCAGGAAAGAAAGAGAUAUCAAUUCUUGGUUACAAUCUUUUUUCCAGAAAACUAAAGUCUGAAUUUGAUAGUGCUGAAGAAAUGAAAAAAUACUUCUUCAAAGAUUCUAGCUGGAAAUCAAUGAAGCAAGAAAUUGUACAAGAUAUGUACGCUGAUGAAUAUCUAGAAACUUAUGAUGUGGCGACAGAUACUAUAAAGUAUAAAUUGAAAACUUCUUUAGAGCAGCAAAUGAUUACAUACUCCAACUACUAUUCUUCAAUUGAAACUUUUGGUUCCAAUUAUCAUAUUUUCCGGAACCCAAUUCAUUUUAUUCUUGGAGGUAGGUCUAAUUCUUUCAAUAGAUCACGGUUUUUGCAAGAGAUAAUCCCCAAGUAUCCUGUUCCUGAAAUUACAUGGUCAGAAAUUUACAAUGGAAGCCACUUACUUCACGCAGAAUAUCCUAAAGAAUUCUUAGAAUUAAUUUUAAAUUUUAUUGUUGAUCGAGUAGAUAAAUCUGGAAAGAAAGAGGAUGAAGAGGGAAAGAAGUACAGAAAAUCGAAGGAAGAAUUGAAAAAUAAUUACAUAAAAAUGUUGGAUGGUAGGACGUUGACUGAAAACCAGAGAGAUGAAAUCUUCAAAGAUUGGUACAAACAAUUAAAAAAUGGAGGUUUUUGGGAUUGUGACUUCAUCCCAAGUACUAUUGAGGCUUCAAAAUUGAAGUGGAAGCUUUGA